ACACACACCCACAUAGUGCACUGGCAGAUCUGCGUUCACAUACAGACAAGCACAGAUGUUCAGAGCGCAGAGGCAGGCAGUGGGAGAGAGGGACUAAUGCACUGAGCAGGACAUGCAAAAGGACUCAUUUAGUUUAUUGCCAUGGAAAUGACGAGUCACAACACUGAAAACAGACAUCAAAACAAACAAGACAACAACAGCAUCAUCAGUAGCUGUGGACAACAAACCUUUAACAAGGCCUGAGGAUGUGGGUUCUUGUGGGAGUGGUCUGUAUAUUUCAGUGCGUGAUUGGGCAGCUGCUGGAUACCAAACCGAAAGUGGCCAAUCCCCGUUUAAUCUGCAGCGUUCCUGGCUUACCUGGGGCCCCAGGUAAACUUGGCCCCCCGGGCCCACCCGGGGACGAUGGCUUCACUGGGAUCCCAGGCAGAGAUGGCAGGGAUGGCAGGCGGGGAGAGAAGGGACAGAAGGGGGAAGUAGGGACAAAAGGAAGAGUUGGCCCUACUGGUAAACUGGGGUUACGCGGAGAACGGGGUCCCCAGGGAAAGAGGGGCCCAGGUGGUGAUGGCGGGGACCCAGGUCCUGGAGGCCGGUCUGGGCCUAUAGGCGGAAAAGGGGACAAAGGCCGAAGGGGCCCACCGGGCACAGCAGGCAUCUGCAAGUGUGGAAGCCUGGUGCCCAAAUCGGCCUUCUCCGUGGGCAUCACCAGCAGUUUCCCUGCUGAGAAUGUACCCAUCAAAUUCAACAAGGUCCUCUUCAAUGAGGGUGGGCACUACAACCCACAGACAGGCAAAUUCACCUGUGCUUACCCGGGCGUCUAUUAUUUUUCCUAUGACAUUACACUGGCCGACAAGCACUUGGCAAUUGGUCUAGUGCAGAAUGGUGAAUAUCGGAUCAAGACCUUCGACGCAAACACGGGAAAUCAUGACGUGGCCUCGGGUUCCACCGUGAUGUACCUCAAUCCAGAGGAUGAGGUGUGGUUGGAGAUCUUUUACAAAGACCAGAAUGGGUUGUUCUCUGAUCCUGGCUGGUCAGAUAGCCUCUUCUCUGGGUUUCUGCUCUACGCUGACACAAACUACUUGGACACUUUGGCAGAGGAUUACUCAUAGCUCUCACCUCACACUGAACUGCAGUUGGAGAGCAAAACUGUGUAUUGUAAAAUUGAAAAUAUAAUCUCAAAACCAUCCUAUGUUUCACGUAAAGAAUUAUUUAUUGUGAUCGUACUGAUACAUAAUGACUGUAUUCGUUUGAUAUACCAUAUUAUUCAUGGCAGAGACUGGAAUUUUUAUAUUGUAUAUUAAGAUUAUUUAUUUUAUCUUGUGUGUAUGUUGCUGAUAGACAUUACCAAUUAUAAAUCUGUCAAAUAUAGUCCAGUUGUACUGCAAUUAUAAAUUGUAAAAUUGUAAACACAAAUGUAUAUUUCUACAUAAAGGUGAAUUUAUCUCUCUCUCCGUCUUUCUAUCUAGCUUUCAUUUAACUGGUUUCAUUACCAUUUUUAUGGAGAUAAAAAGAUAGCUCCUGAUCUCAUAGUUGCCACUGUGUUCCAUCACUGAUACCGAAUGCCAGAAUAUUUCAAAAUCUUUCUCUUUUUAUGGGACAUUCUGGGUAAAUUGUAUUACAAGGGGACUAUCUGGAAGCCAAGACUCUGGAGCGUGGAGUCUGUUUAAUGGAACCCUGAAAUAUUGAAAGCCCAUGCUGAAGGACAUUUGCAGUUGAUGACUAAGCUUUAUGAUGGUAAACAAACACACACACACUCACAGAGUGAAUCUGUUACAUUGUGAAGGUUUAAAAGAAUUAUCUUUUUUGGGGAUCAGAGGGUGAUCAUGAAAAGAUUUAUUUGACAUAUUUUGGGAACCAAAUGGGAAAUCAUGGCUAAUCAACUGUAUGCAAUGCAUUCAUUAUCGAAUGAAAAUGAAUAAAAAC